CAGAAAGUUCCCCUUCUGUGGCAAUGUGCAAGCUGACGGCUGAGUCAUUUGGGAAUAUAUAUGUAAAGGGUUACGACAGUUACCUCAGACAGGCAAGAAGAGAGAGGAGUGAGCAUCAAAAGAGCGAUUGAGUCAGCUCCACGUUGUGGAAGGCAAAUAAAAAAAAAAAAAAAAAGUUGGGCAGAGGUUACAUUAGUUCAUGUGUCUUGUUUAAUUAUCAACUCGUACACUGUCUGUGCCUAAUCCCUGCGGUGACAUAUAUAUAUAGCCUCAUAGUACGGCAGGACGGACACAUUAGAGCAGCAGGAACCCUCGGCAGCAAGAUGAAAGCCUUCAUCCUCAUCCUCUUGCCUCUGGUCUUCUCCGCGUCUAUUGAGAAACAUGAGGACUUCCAGGUGGACUCUUUACCGGCAGAAUCCAAAUCUCGAUUCGCCAUGCUGGACGACGUGAGGAUCUUGGCCAACGGUCUCCUGCAGCUCGGCCACGGCCUGAAGGAUUUCGUCCACAAGACCAAAGGGCAGAUCAAUGAGAUUUUCCAGAAGCUCAACCUUUUCGACAAGUCCUUCUACGACCUCUCGGAACAGACCAACGAGAUCCGGGAGAAGGAAGAGGAGCUCAAGGAGAAGACGUCCAGGUUGCAAGAGAACAACGAGGAGCUAAAAAACCUGUCGAGUAAAAUCUACUCCCAGAUCGAGCAUCUCCUGCAGGACAAGGUCGGGCUUCAGGCAAAGAUUGUCCGGCUGGAAGAGAAGCUCAAUCAGAUCACCGAGGGGCACCAAGAGUUACAGGACCACAAAGAAGUGGCAGCACUGAAGCAAUAUGUGGAGCAGCAAGACAUGAACAUACAACGCCUACUGAAGGAAGUCGCUGACCAGAACGUGCAGCUCGAUUACCAGAACAGCCAAAUAAAGGAUCUCGAAGACAAGAUCAGCAAUGCCAGUGUAGUCGACAGUAAGAAGAUUUCAUUUGCAAGUCAUAAGGUUGAUGACCUCUUGUCCUUCAAUUCAAGCAACUCGACUAAUGAUCUUCCGCGGGACUGCAGCGACAUUUAUAACCAGGGCGGGCGGCUGAGCGGCAUCUACACCAUAAGACCCAACAACAGCGCUGAGUUCAGCGUCUACUGCGAAUUCACAACAGAUGCGGCGUGGACGCUUAUCCAGAGGAGGACAGAUGGAUCGGUGGACUUUAACCAGACCUGGGAAGAUUACACCAAAGGCUUUGGUGACCUCAAUGGUGAAUUCUGGCUCGGCCUUAAGAAGAUCUUCUCCUUGUCCCAGCAAGCGGAUUAUAUCCUCCACAUAGAGCUGCAGGACUGGAAGAACAACCGGCGAUUUGUGGAAUAUCUGUUUACUCUCGGAAACCAAGACACGAGCUACGCGCUGCAGCUAUCUCAAGUUCUAGGGACCAUCCCGAGCGCACUGCCGGAAUACACCCCCCUGCCCUUCUCUACCAGUGACCACCACUCCCAACAUCUCAAGUGCCCUGGAGAAACGUCAUCAGGUGGAUGGUGGAAAUCAACUUGUGGAGGAACCAACCUGAACGGUAAAUACAGUAAAUCCAGAUUGAGGGUAAAAGGAGAGAGACGGAAAGGUCAGGGUUUGAUCUGGAAACCAGAGAAGGGGAGAAUGUACUCACUCAGGUCGACCAAGAUGAUGCUCUACCGCACAGAGCUGGAGAACUUUGAGUAGUGCUUAGAUGUUUGGGAUGGUUCUCGAGAGACAUUCUGCAAAAUGGUGAAACUGAGAAGCAAACCUCGCAUCAGUCUUAGGGACCUUCCGAUAUCAAGGGACUAUCAUCAGACAUUCAUGGACUGCUGGCAGUCAUACGAUUCCAUGUGGUUCCAACCAACACCAGAACAUUGGAGUGUACAAUGAAAACAUAGACCCAGCAGCAGCAGCCAUAAGUCAUAAAGGGUUCAUAAAAACCACCCCACAGAGAACCACCAAAAAUAGCUAUCCUAACAGUAUAGUAAGGAAAAAGUUCCUUUUAAGACUUACCUUCUCCUUCAAGUCUAACCCAUUAUCUUCCUACUACGUUGAUCCAGAGGAAAGGAAAAAAAAAAAAUUAGACCCCUUCCAGGUAAAUGCCACAUGAAAAAUCAUACACAAGUGAAUAUUGUAUAGACCAACGCACAAAACAAGUAACUAAAUGUUAGAAUGAGCCUUUAAAGCAGCUAUCUGGCAUUAAUUCAUGUCUAUUUAUAAAUGUAGCAAAUAUAGGACACAAUGUUUAUUUUAAGUAUACGAGGUGGGUCAAAAGUCAGGAAUCGGACUCCCAACAAUCUGAAAGCCAUAUUCAAGAUGACAGGAGUCGCAGGCCAACUCACUGGUCCGAUACGUAACAGUGAUGAGAAGACCAAUCUGUACAUAAAGUUUUUUUUUUAGGUGACUAGUAACGAUGUAGCAUACUGCAUUGGAUAUUAGUUUAUAAAUUGUCACUAAAGUGUAAACUGCAAAACGAUAUCCAAACUACGUGAACAUGGUUUAGGUCAUAUACUGUCUUUUCGAAGGAGGGGGGGGCUUUAAUUUAGUGUUUCAAAAUAUUUAACGGUAAAGUGUAUAAAGGAGACCUCUAUGACCACUAUUUAUCUGAAGGAUCUUAUGCAUCAGUAGUCAGACUGCACCUUUAAGCAGUCAAGGCUCAGCUGUCACUAAGUCAUAUUGACUUCUGUACUGUACGCUUAUUAUAUUAAUAACCGCAGCUGUAGACACUGGAUACACAUCUUCAUUUGGCUUUUUUUUUAUGGUAUAUAAUUGUAACAUUAUUAUUAUAUGGGAGUAAAAAUACAUUGCUCCGAUUUUUUUUUUUUUAACAUGUUUUGUGAUAAUAAAGAUGAAAGCAAAAAAAUAAAAAAUAAAAA